UAGUAUCUGCCUAGAAGAGUUCUUGAAAAAUAGAGAGUUCAGCAAAGGAAGCAUGACUUGUAACUUCCAUCAAGAAAAGCCAUUUCUUUUGAUACCAAUAACAGUAUGCUGACACUUUGACUCAAGCUUUUGUUGCAAUAUGCUACGGCCUCUUUUAAGAAGAAAGCAUUCUGAGCUCUUGCUCUCUUCUAUAGGAAAGAAUAAAUAUCGAUGCAGAUGAAGCCUGCACUACACAAUGGCUGCUUCUGAGUAUAUGAUGGGCUUUUGCUGAACAUAUGCCCUUAGAAAAAGCUGAAUAAGCAUUACGAUCUGAGUGGGGGAUCCAUAAUUCCUGUUGUCUAUGAGCAGAGAUGAAAGGAGGAAAUACUUUUAGUUUGAGGGGGAGAAGUCUUUCUCUCACUUUGGUUGUUCUCAUUGUUACAACUAUAGCAAUUUGGGCUUGGGAAAAAAAUCCUUUUGCUAAUAGUCUACUAUCGGCCCAAGAGCAGUAUACAAUCCCUACUUCAGAGUUUCGUGUGGGUUCCCGAAAUGAUUCUGUAGUAUCCAUGAAGCCAACAGAGAAAAUUGAGGAAAAUAUAUCACACUCAAUCAUAACAGAAGAAACAACAGGAGAAGAAAAGUUUGGUACUGCACCAGUCGAUGCUAUAUCUGCAUUCUCUCCUGAAAAGAUAGAAAGUGAUGGGCAUGUGAUAUCCUCCUCCAAAACUAAAGUCUGCAAUUAUGCCAAGGGUAGAUGGAUUGCAGACAGCCGGAGGCCAUUGUAUUCAGGAUUCAGGUGUAAGCAGUGGUUAUCAAAAAUGUGGGCAUGUAGACUAACACAGCGAAAAGAUUUUUCUUAUGAAGGAUAUCGGUGGCAGCCAGAAAAUUGUGACAUGCCAAAGUUUGAGAAGUCCACAUUCUUACAAAGAAUGCAGGACAAAACAAUUGCAUUUAUAGGAGAUUCAUUGGGCAGGCAGCAGUUCCAGUCUUUAAUGUGUAUGGCAACUGGUGGGGAAGAGAGCCCAGAAGUUGAAAAUGUGGGAAAAAAAUAUGGUCUUGUCAAAGCUCGUGGAGCCAUUCGUCCUGAUGGUUGGGCUUAUAGAUUCACAAAAACAAAUACCACCAUUUUAUAUUACUGGUCAGCAAGUCUGAGUGACCUAGUGCCCCUUAACAUUUCAGACCCAUCCACCAAUGUGGCUAUGCAUUUGGAUCGUCCCCCGGCUUUCAUGAGACGGUUCCUCCUUCAUUUUGAUGUGUUGGUUCUAAAUACAGGACACCACUGGAAUAGGGGUAAGCUUAAUGCAAAUCGUUGGGUGAUGCAUGUAGGUGGAAAGCCAAAUGAAGAUAAAAAACGUGCUGAAAUCGGGCAUGCCAAGAAUUUUACAGUGUAUAGCGUUGUCAGAUGGCUUAAUUCACAGCUUCCCUCACAUCCUCGCCUUAAAGCUUUUUUUCGGACAAUCUCGCCUCGGCAUUUUGCUAACGGGGACUGGAACACUGGGGGUAGCUGCGAUAACACCGCUCCAUUGUCUGGAGGAAGUGAAGUAGUGCAAGAUGGAUCAAGUGAUCCUCUUGUUGAGGGUGCUGUAAAGGGCACAUCAGUAAAGAUUUUGGAUAUAACUGCAGUAUCUCAACUGAGGGAUGAGGGUCACAUGUCCCAUUACAGUCUUAGAGGGAAUCUGAAUGUUAGUGAUUGCUUACAUUGGUGCCUACCCGGAAUCCCGGACACAUGGAACGAGCUCCUUAUCGCACAAAUAUAGGCUCUGCCACGCUGAGUAUGCAUUGACUAAAGAUUGAUUGAAUCUCCUAUUCUUUAUGGUCUAAAGAAGACCAUUUUUUCUCAUUUACUUGUGACUCAGCUUUUUUACUGAUUAUAGAGUAGGUAAUUAGCUAGAGCCAAUCCAAUUCUCAUGUUUACAUGGAAAAUGUAUUCCUGAGUGUUGUAAUUCUCAUAUUUACAGGUAGUUUAUGGAUAAUGAGGCUGCCAAAAGAAGGAAGAAUACCAGAGGGCUUCAGCUCCAUUGUUACAGGUUUAAAUGGUGUUGUAUGUAUCAUUAGUACAUUGUCACAAGAAAAUCUCCUAGAGGUCUCUCUAUAUACCUCUCUCUCUCUCUCUCUAGGGUUUAUUUAUUUCAUAUAUGUUUCUGUUUAAUGAAAAUAGCUUCAGUGAAGGAAACAAGGAGGAGGAUAAAAGUCUUAUACAAAAUCAAUAGAAAAUUAAUUUAUAUUCAUUGAACUUGGAAGUCUUCAUUUAUGAAUAAUUUCAUUUCCUUCUGGAUC